CGGAACCACAGUGUCCGGCAUUCUGCUCCAGCCGGAAGCUUUAGGAAACGGCACGGUCAUGUGACAAGUGGCCGGAUUGAUUAAGAUAGCUAGCUAAUCUGAUAUAGUUUGCUUGCGUUUAGGUUCUGCAGUUAUAAGAAAUCAAAUAAAAUGUUGUUAGUAUUAAGCGACGAGCAUAAGGAACAUUUAGGGUUCCUACCAGAAGUGGACUCUGCAGUUGUUGGGGAGUUUGGACGAAUCGCCGUGGAAUUUCUGAGGAAAGGAUCAAAUCCUAAAAUUUACGAAGGGGCAGCAAGAAAGUUAAAUGUGACUGCUGAAAUCGUGCAGCAUGGAGUGGAGGGGCUUAUGUACCUUCUUUCAGAAAGCUCUAAACUCAUGAUCUCUGAGGUGGAUUUCCAGGACUCUGUUCUGGUACUGGGAUUCUCGGAAGAGCUGAACAAACUGCUCCUGCAGCUGUACCUAGAAAACAGGAAGGAAAUCCGCCUCAUCCUGAGCGAGCUGGCCCCUUCCAUGCCCCACUACCAUAACCUGGAGUGGAGGCUGGAUGCGCAGCUGGCCAGCAGGGCACUGCGGCAGCAAGUGAAGCCCGUGUUGAACCUGAAGCUGCAGCUGGACGACAAUGGGACCAGGCGUACCCACCUGCUGCAGACUGACCCAGCCACUCUGCUGCACCUCAUCCAGGAACUGGAGCGGGCGCUGGCCGAAGUGAAGACAAACCACUGUCGCAGGAUCCUGCGCAACAUCAAAUAGUGCCUGCCAGGGGCCACUGGGGGCCUCAGGGACCGGACAAAGCUACCACACCCUGUAUCAGGGACAGGAGGGGGCGCUAUUACCUCUAGCUAUUGUGGCCUGUAAAAUGUAAUGUGAGGCUGUAAAUAUUUCACAAAGUACAGGGCAGACUGAGUAUCAGUGCUCCCAAUGACAUCAGUUUAAUUACUUAAAAUCAACACCAACAGUAUGUGUGCACUUUGAAGAACUUGUACAUUAAGACAUUUGAACCUCGCCCUGUUUGUGUGAUAUUUUGUUUACUAUGAUAUCAGAUCGAUUUAUUGAACUUGUAGAAAUUCUAAGGUCGGGGGGGCUAGAACCUGUUCCAGAUGGCACAAGGCUGAGCUACAUCCAGGAUCUAUAGAUGCCAGUUAGCCUGAUUCUGUUCCCCAAUCCCCCAGACAGUCCACGUUUUUGCUCCCUCCCAGCUCCUAGUAGGAGCAAAAACAUGGGCUGUCUGGGGGUCCUUAAGGACUGGGUUGGGAGUCAGUGGCCUAAGUCGUGUCUUAGGACUUUGGGAGGAAUACCUCGUGACACGGGGAGAACGUGCAACUCCACACAUACAGAGCAGAGGUGGGAUUUGAAGCCCCCGUUUCUGAAGGUAUGAGGCAACAGUGCGACCUGCUGAGCCACCCUCUCUUUAAAGUUAGUACAUUCUCAACAAAAGCUCACAUUAAUAUAACAUGCUACUGUCUUCAACACCAUUAUAUUGGAGACUGUUUGAUACAGUGCUCACAGAAAGUCUUGGGAUGCUUAAUUCUGAAAACACAUAGCAAAUUUAUUAGUGUCAUAAGUCCAUUGACAAGCAAUGUUUAACAUAUCUGCACAUCUCUUUCCAAAAGACAUUUUCUUAAGUGUCUUAAUUUCUUGGCUGAAUCAUUCAGUUCCAUUCUUGCCAUUUUGCUAUUAACUGCAACUGUAGUCAUCUGCGCCCAAAUGGCUCACAAAGCAAUGCUUAACUAAUGUUUGGUGUCGUAUGUCAUUCUGAAGGUAUUGCUAAUUGAAAAGCAGCCAGUGAUGCUUGUCAAUGAACUUUUUAACUCGGAACAGCUCUUUUAGAACUUUAAUUUGGGUUUCAAUGUAUUACUACUUGAAUGUUUCACUUAAAACUACUGGUUUCGAAUGUGAUAUAUAUAUAUUUUGUAAAUAAAUGAGUAACAUAAUGAUUUUUUGUUACAAAACCAAUAAAUUUGAAAUAUUUUUACUGAACUGAGCAAGCGUCCCAAGAUUUACUGUGAGCACUGUAUGUUUGUAAGUUUGCUUUUUAUGGUCUGUAUGAAGUCAGUGGUGUUCAGAGCAGCUUGUAAUUCUGAUGAGUUUUUUGCUACUUGUUAUAAUCUGACAAAUUUUGAAUAAACAUAAUUGUAAUCACCUUA